AUGGCUUCGCGGGGAGCAUUUGGCUUCAAGUCUGCGAAGCAAUCAGGCAAAGCAGAGUCAAAGGAGAAGACACCAGUGGGCCCAUCACCAAGACCGCCCAUAGCGUCUUCAGCAUCCAAUUCCUCGAAAAUGCCGACGCAUUCUUCCUCUUUUUUUUCUCGCAGCAAACACAUUCGGCCAAAAGUCGAUUCUUCGUCCUCGAAUAUCGCAACAUCCUCUAACACUUCAACCAGCAAAUCGCAGAGCUCGCUCCGUGUCGCCACCACAAGAAGCGAGCCGGGAACAAGGACAAUAGCUGAGCCGGCGCGGAAUGCGGGAUUGGGGAUCUCAACCUUGACUCAAUCUCCUGGGAUACCUGCGCCUAAGUCGGGGAAGCAGGUUCGCAACAUUUUGAGGCGUAAGGCCCCAAUAGUGCAGCACGGCCAAUAUGCUCGUACUGAUUCCUCGGCUUCUUCAUACGAACCAACGCCAUCAACAAAUCCGCUACAGACUGUCAGUUCGCCUGGAGGCUACAGGGACGCUUUUCCUGGAUCUGUCUUUGGAAUCGCCGUGCCCGCUGUGUCCAGCACACCAGCUCUGGGCCAAAGCUCGGAGUUGGCUACUUCGAGCUCUCGAAUGGCCAGCUACAACACUCGCAACACCCCAGAGGCUUUGUCCACACAAAAUUUGCCUCCUCCGACUCCUACCUUCGCUGAUAGCGGCUCGUCUACUCGCCGCUCCGAAUCGCCUGGCGCCUUCAGUAGGACUUCCACACCUACAUCCAUGUCAUCGCAGUCGCCGGGGGUCUCGACCCCAAUCAAGGCUCCCAUAGGCAGAAAGCAGCUUAGUCCAACCCGGAGCCGCCCACCUGUGACAAGACGGAAAUUUCCAGGCGUUCCGCUGCAAGAGGACUCCAAUAUCUCGCGGAGUCGAGGCCUCACAGCGGUGCGAGAAUCCUUGACCUCUUCGUCGUCUUCAUCUACUGUCAAAGGCACUGAUAGGCGUGACGGCUCUCAAGUUCAUUCAACCUCAAACCGGUCAACUCCUAUCCCUCCCAGUCCUCCUGUACGGCAGUCGUCCAUGAGGUUAGGACCAUCACCUCUUAAAGACCACGGUAGAAGGCGGGAGUUUAUUAAAGGUGCGCCAGAUCUACGUUCAUAUGAUGCUGUGGGACUGCAAAGGCCCCACGGUGAAUCUUUUGUCGCACAAAACGACUCAUACCGACACAAUUGGUCCCGAACGCCACCUCCCAGGCCGAGUCGAGAAGGGACUCCAAGUCUUGAUCUUAACGACACGCUCGACCUCUUGCAGGGUACCAAAACCCGUAUUAUUUUGGAUAGAGACGUCCCAAGCAGCGAAAGGGCGGUUGGUACAAAUACGAGUCGUACUGCAUUGGGCCGCUUUCCAUCUAAUGCGUCCUCGAUGUCCGCGAGACCAUCCCGAAUGCCAUCACCAAAUCCGGUCGUUACAAAUCCUCUUCGACCGAUUCGUAGCGAACCCUCAAAACCGCAAGCUCUACCGUUGGUGGAGACUAAUGUUGGUGGUGUCCCAUCCACGAAAGAUCCUAGUCCGCUGAGUGCCAGCUCCAGCAAGUCCUCUUCUCGAUUUGGGUUUUUUAUGAAGCGCACAAGGUCGCCGUUGGACACCGCAGCUUUCGAGAAUCCCGAAAAGGCUGCAAAGAAGGGUCCAGCUGCGGGGACUGGCCACGAAGGCUAUGGAAAAUAUGCGCGACGAGGCCGAAGUGGCAGUAUCAGUACCAGCGCCAGCAGAGGUCGGUCAACAAGUACCAACAGUGCUGGACGUACGUCCAUCAGUCGAAAAAGCAGUUUUACGAGCCGGGAUGACCAUGAGAUGGACGAAUUCCUACGGGAAAGACUCGCACCUGUAGUCAUGACUGGAGGCGGUCAAGCGAUCGACGGUCGUACUUUGGCUUCAGUACAUCACCCUACGAGCAGUGGAGAAAGUGCAGCGGCCAUGACGUCAAGUGAAAGUCUUGAUGGAACAAGUGAGCCGCUUUCACGCCAGAUGCUUAUGCGCAGCGAAACCCCAGGUAGAGAGCUCGCCAAUAUGCACUACCUCCGCAGAGACCAUCGAAGGCUACCUGACAGGAAGGAUAACCCAGAAUACCGAAUGAAGCAGCAGGAGGAAGGGUACGUGGGUUCGUCAUACGGGGAGCCAACAUUGGCGGCGCGGCGCUCGGCGCAUCGAUCACAAUUGUUUGGAAAAGCGGUCGAAGUAAUGAAGAUUCCCGCACCAAUCGACACACGGGCUGUUGCGGCCUCUCCUAGCAUGGAGAGCCACGAUGACCUUCAGUCCAUUCUUAUUCGGACAGAUGGUACGCUUCAACUUAACGAUAACAUAAUUGAAAGGCGUGAGGGCAAUUGGCUCAAAUCACAGAAUCCUGAGGGUCGUGCAAGAUCAAGAUCUCCAAAAAAAUGGGCCUUUUUCCAGAGGGCACAAGCUUCCCCAAGAACGCGAGUAGAAGCCAUCGCGCCGCCAUCAAGUAACGAUCAGACCAGUGUCAGAGAGCUCCCAGCAACGGUAUCGAGCCUUCCGAAAUCUCGAUCUGUCGCAUUCUACGCGCUGCUUGACGGCAGCGAGCAAGAAGUCUCAAACGAGAUGGGUGUUAUACAAUCAGCAGAGAGGAAUCGACUUAACACUAUCCAUAGUGGAGUACCGGCUUCUCUGAGCGCCCAAGACAUUUCUCCGCAGCGAGACCACAGGCUUUCCACGCUUUUGCCUUCACCUCCGAGGUUGAUCGCAGAAUCCCCCAACCUUCGAGUUCCACUCACGCCCAGUGUCAUUCUCCGCCCGCCUGAGGCCACAACUGCAGCUGCGAGGGAAGUCCGACCUGUUCCACUCCCCGAGCCUAAGAAACCUCGAUUGCAGCAAGUUGGCCGCAUUCCCAGAGUCGUCUCAAAGCGUGAUCGUCCACACAAGCCGCCCCCUCAGUCUUUCUCUCGGCCUUUUGCACGACGUCCCUCUAUUGUCAACGAAGCCCCCACAACGGUUCCAGAAAUAGGAGCACAAAACCACGUUGAGCGACCGCGUCUAGGAAUACUGACCGAAUUCAUCCCCUCCAAUACUUGGGGUGACCAAGACUCUGCCAAACCAGCCAGUGCCCCUGUGAAACCCAGCGAAGGCUUCUAUAGAAUUGAUAAAGACGAGUUCUUAGCCUUUCCGCCAAGGAUUGAAUCCGAAGUGUCGGGCUCAAGCAGCUCCGGAAUCUUAAGCCUCGUUGGGACGACCGCUAUUGUUCCCGAGCCGGGUACUGCUCCUGAUGAAGAUGAGGUCUGGAACGAAUACAACGAAUUCCUUGACACCGUUGAGUCUCCCGCCCCAUUGGCCGAAGAGUCUAAAAACCCCCUUAAAACAAUCCUACGAAAAGGUGGGUGGGCACCUGAGCCUCUUCAUAUUCGGAAGGUAUCCUCGGGAACGGGUUCAUCGAGCAGCAUUGAGAAGAGAGUGUCAGCAACAUAUCCUGGUAUAUCGGCACCAACAAGACCUUUACCUAGUCCUCCAGAUAGGUCAAAGCUCAGUGGUUCUGGACGACCCGCAACUCCGGUGACUAUCUCCGAUCUGUCGGCAGGGUAUGGCGAUCAGAAUAGAUCCGGUGCGAUCAACAGGCGACGGAGCUUGUCCAGUGGCAGUCGGUAUAGCACGAGCUCGAUUGAGUCUGACCCCAAUUGGCUUGGCGGCCGUGAGAACAGGCAGAAGAAGACAAGCACCCCUCCUGUAUCUGCAAAGACUCACACGGGACCUAUCGUCCAGAGUAGCUUGAGAUUCGAUGCGCUUAUGACCAGUCGCUGGCUUUCUUUUGAUAGGGUCUUGUUCAGUCCAGCUCUUGUCGAGGCAAAGCGCAAUCACAAAGAUCGAGUCCUAGUGCUUGAUGGACUUGGUAACGACGAUUGGUCCUUCUACUGCGCCGAGACUUACGUGGACGUUGACAUUUUCAACCUGAGUCCUAAACCUGCCAGCCCGCCGCAAAUUGGAGCACUUCAGCUCCCCAAGAAUUAUCAUCAAGUCCAGCAUGUUGAUAUCAAAACACCGUUUCCAUUUGAAACAGGAUCCUUCACAGCUGCUGUCUUCCGCUUCCCAGCUGCAACGUCGGAGGAUGCGUACCUCAACUCAAUUUCAGAGUGCAUGCGAGUGCUCCGUCCCGGAGGUUAUCUCGAAAUGAGUAUUCUAGACAUAGAUAUGGUAAACAUGGGCAACCGAGCCAGAAGAACCCUUGGUGAGCUCAAGUACAGAAUGGCAGUUUCUCAACCAGAGUUGGACCUGAGGCCGUUGUCAGACAGUCUACAGAAAAUGGUGAAGCAGAGCGGGUUCGAAAAUCUUAAUCGUUGCGUGCUGAACGUACCUGUCGCUGGCCACGUAUCGAGGUCUCGGUUUCGACCUGGGUCGUUAGACGAGAACAGCGGCACGCUGGGAGACUUGCGUAAGGAGCCUUCUGGCCAGGGAGACGGAGGUCUCGCGAAGAGUCUUGCUAUAGUGGGAAGAUGGUGGUUCACAAGGUGUUAUGAGAUGAUUACAUUACCUUACGGAGGUUUGGAGAGAAGCAUAUGGAAUGACGAGGCACUCCUGCAGGAGUGUGAGAAAAGAGGAACUGGGUUCAAGCUGUUGCUGUGCUACGCUCAAAAGCCGGUAGACCCUUAA